AUCAAUCAUAUGGUAUCAUCAACUAAGCCUUUGGGUUGUGCCUUGAAGUCCAUAAACACAUGUUUCCUAAACUAAAACGUGACUUGAACAUACUGCAAAGUUGUUUGGAUUUUUAAAAAUGAAAUUAAUUUGUCUUUAGAAUUGAAUUUACCCGAAACCUUGAAAUAAUAGCUUCUACAAUCUUUCAAAUUGAUCCUGCAAAUAACUUCUCAUUAAAAAAAAUGCAUUUUCUUUCUAUUAUUUUUUCAAGGCCAAAUUACAUUUUUUUUUAUCUAUCUAUUUUAUCUGAUUCAUUAAUGGGAAACAGGGGAAGAUAAAUGAUGUAUUUUCUAGUAGGAUUCACCUUAGUGUCUAUCUUGAUGGUGGGUACCAUGUUUUUGAUGAGUCAAUUUAUCAUAUCAGUGAUCUUACACCCACCUCAAAGCAGCUCUGGAAGAAGCCAAUCGGCGUUUUAGAACUCGGCAUUCUAAAAGUUGAUGGACUUCACCCGAUGAAAGCCAGGGAUGGAAGAGGAACAUCAGAUGCAUACUGUGUGGCAAAAUAUGGGCGAAAAUGGGUUCGUACUUGAACAAUCAGUAAUAGUCUAGACCCAAAAUACCAUGAGCAGUACACAUGGGAAGUUUUUGAUCCAGCGACAGUUCUCACUGUGGGGGUGUUUGACAAUUGUCAGGUUAAUGGUUCAGAUAACAAAGAUUUGCUGAUUGGUAAAGUUCGGGUCCGAAUCUCAACCCUUGAAACCGGCCGUGUGUACCCAAACUCUUACCCUUUACUAAUGCUUCAUCCUUCAGGUGUUAAAAAGAUGGGUGAACCGAACCUGGCUAUUAGAUUUUCUUGUUACUCAAUGGUUGAUUUGAUGCAAAUGUAUUUUAAGCCUCACUUGCCAAAAAUGCACUACAAAAGGCCGCUUAACGUUAUGGAACAGGAAAUGCUGCGACAGCAGGCUGUAAAUGUUGUUGCUGCUCGCCUUAGUAGGGCGGAACCACCUCUUAGAAAGGAGGUAGUUGAGUACAUGUCUGACACAAAGUCUCAUCUCUGGAGCAUGAGACGCAGCAAAGCAAAUUUCUACCGUUUGAUGUCGGGGUUUUCAGGAUUUCUUUCUGUAGGGCGAUGGCUAGGGGAAGUUUCCACCUGGAAGCAUCCUAUGACAACGGUGCUGGUGCACAUUCUUUUUCUGAUGCUUGUGUGUUUCCCUGAACUUAUCAUGCCAACCAUGUUUCUCUACGUGUUUGUUAUUGGCAUGUGGAACUGGAGAUUCCGCCCGAGACACCCUCCUCACAUGAACUCCAAACUCUCUUACACAGAUGGAGUGACCACAGAUGAACUUGAUGAGGAAUUUGAUACAUUCCCUUCCACAAAGAGCCCUGAUAUUGUGCUAUGGAGGUACGGUCGCUUAAGAAGUGUGGCUGGAAGGGUUCAGAGUGUUGUUGGAGAUUUAGCUACUCAAGGAGAGAGAGUCCAAGCACUUGUUAGCUGGCUUGAUCCUCGCCCCAGCUCCAUGUUCAUGGCGUUUUGCCUUGUGUCUGCUGUUGUGUUGUAUAUGACACCCUUCCAGAUUCCUAUUCUUAUAGGUGGAUUUUACUUUUUGAGACACCCGAUGUUCCGGAGUAAGGUACCACCGGCACCGGUUAACUUCUACCGCAGGUUACCUGCCCUCACCGAUAGCAUGCUGUAAAUGGUAUCUGUUGUGCUUGGUUCUGAAGUUUACCUGCUGAAAGUGACGGUGUGUGAUUCUAGCAUUGAGUUUUUGGCAGUGACUGUAAAAUCCUUGGAGCUAUCUUAUCUAAUCAUGUCUUUGUUGUAUUUUAGUGUUGAGUACAAUUGGUGGAGAUGUAUGUAUCAUGCUGUGGUAAGCUUUAGUGCAGUUUUAUGCUUACAAGCCUCUGCUAUAGUAGCAUUUAGUUUUAUGCCAUUAGGAACCAUGCACAAUGAAACUAGUUUGAUGA